AGUACAAGGUGGCCAGUCUUACGAUUCACUGUGUAGUUCUUAUGGCGACUGCCAAGAUACUGACAGACCACCACCUCACCUGUGUCAUCUGUACUGAGGUGUUCACAGACCCUACCACACUUCAGUGUAAUCACACAUUCUGUAAGUCCUGUCUGCUGAAAUACACCAACACACAGCCUGAAGCAAUACAAGCCAAGUCCAUCCCAUGUCCCUCCUGUAGACAACUGACGAAGGUGACCACCCCUGACAGUCCAGUAGAGGAGUGGGUCAGUCAGCUGAAACCAAGCCACGUCAUACAGGGACUGAUAGAUGACUUUGGACCAGGGGGCAAAGCGGCCCUUGUAAAUAUCUGCAGUGUUUGCAAAACACAAGGGAAGGCAAGUCCUGCCAUCGGUGCCCGUGGUGCUCCGUCUGUGACGAGGUCUUCUGUUAUGGAUGUCUGAAGAUGCACAACAUAAUGACAAUGUU